AUGCCCCUCCGCAGCUCGCUUCUGAACCGUGAAAGCUUAGCACGCUUCUGUUUAUCCCGAACCCCAGAACCGCGUGGUCCAAGGAUGGAAAACCUGGUUCCGCCAUCCUUAAUCCACUCCGAAAGACUACACCUUUCCGUCUUUCAACCUCUUUCUCUUAGUUAUACCCACAGUCUUUACAUUCGAAUCUCACAAUGGUUUCUAAAAGUCUUGUCAUUCUUUUCGCCACGCUCAUUACUUGCAUUCGUUCAGAUUCUAUUUCCUCAGGUAUCUUCCUUGGAUUCGUUUACACGUGCUCGGCUAACCCUCAAAGCACCAGCGCUCACUGCGGAUCAUUCCAGGCCGUCAGAUCCGUCCACAACGAUUGAAGAUCCAACAAAUUGUUGCUUCGUGAUCCAAGAGACGGUUAGCGCUGAAUACUGGCCAGUAGCGAAUGUGACAUACACAACUAAGGAAGUAAACCUAACCUCAAUUACCACUUUGAUCACACCCUACCGAAAUGGAACUUCCACAAACAUUGUCACAAAUGUGUACACCACGAAUGCUUCAUUCCCAGUCACUAAGACGCUGGGGAACCCCAUUGCAGACUACCCAAACAAUGGUUUUUACAUGACGGAGUCCGACACAUGGCUGAGAGGUACUGCUGUUACCACAGCUGGGAUUACGAUACAAUCCCCACAGGCAUACUAUGUCUACACAACAGUGAAGAUCAUCACCGCCAGACCCGUCGUGGCCACAGAUGGACAAACAAUGUGUGGCACCGUUUCCUCUUGGCCGAGACCGAAUUUCUAUAAAGUCCAAGCCACGUUCGAAAACAUCAAUUCCAACGCAGAAGCAUACUUUGGAGGCUCAUCAAUCGGUGGUGCGCUCGCGCUCCCCACGUUGACGGCUACGCACAUCCGUUUCAGCCUCUUCGGCUCUGAAUCAGUCACAUACACAGCAACGGAAACCUCAAUGGGAAUGUAUUUUACCGACCUCCGAGGCCACACCGUGGAACCAACCAUGGCUUCUUCUGGCCUAGAAAUCACACUUACAACGCCAUUCAUCUACCAACCUACCCGCGGUUCCAACCCUGGAACCGAAGACCCACGAGCCUGCUUCCAAGGAGGCGGAACCGAGAACUUCGGCUACAUUCCUCAAACACUCGUCGAUUAUCUUGCUCAAGAUCCAUAUUACGUAUCCCUGUAUCCAGACCUGACAUCCUGCCUCCCGGCCGGACCAUCGAUCCUCCCGGUUUACAAUCACUGCGAAGUGCCUUUGCAAAUUGUCAUUCAGAGUGCUGUUGGAGGUGAUUUGACAGAGAGCACUGUGUCUACUAUUAUUCCUUCGGGCGUGAAUGCUGUUGAGAUGAUCCCGAGUACUACUGCACCGAUUCCUACCCCGCAUGACACUCCGCCACCUACUCCAUCCGUGAGCCCGAUUAUUGCACCUCCGGGAGGCGAUUCAGUGGGUAGUACCACGACUGUGAACGGAACGCCUGUUAUUGUGAUUCCCCCAACGUCAAUCCCAGUCCAGAACGCACCUCCAGGACUUACAGGAAGCACCAAAGUCGUCGACGGAACAUCUUUCUUGGUGAUUCCCAGUCAAACCACAAUCCCGGCUCUUCCAGGCAGCAUAACGGUUGUCUCCGGUUCUACCUUUGCAGUCUUCACCGGUCCCACCACAGUUGCUGCAAAUCCCAACCUAGCAUUGGAAGGAAGUACAACUGUGAUAUCAGGCACGACAAUGGUAGUUCUUUCUUCUGCGACUGCUGUGCCCGUCUUGCCUGGAAGCUUGACGAUGUUGUCUGGUUCCCUGUAUGAUGUUUUCACCGGCCCAACGACGGUUGCAGUCAAUGGAGAAUUUUCAUUGAAUGGGAGGACCACGGUCAUUGGAGGUGUGACGGAAGUAGUGCUUGAUAAACCGACGACAGUUGCGGUUAACAUUCCAACGGGGCAGAGCUUUGUGCAAGUGUCAGGAGCAAUGAGGGGGAAGAACUCGAUCUUUCGAUUUGUGGUUGAUGGGGCGAGAGGUUUUAGAGCAAGGUUUCGUUAGAAAGUGAGGGAGAGAUGCGGGUAGUUUGUAACGGAUAAUCUGGGAUUAGCAAGGAGUUAUGGGAAAUAAAGCAUCAUAGAGAUAUUUACC